CUACUCCUCCUCACUCCUCUGUGUCCAUUCACACAGCUUCACACAGCUCUGAGUGCAGACCUGCUGUCUUCCUUCAAUGGACUCCAGCUCUUUGGGCCAAGCCCUCUUUUACUGCUCAUGUGGAUGAAAAUCGCAGCUCAUCACCGUUUUUGAUUUUUGCUGCUGUUGCUGCUGUUUUUGUUGUUCUCCCUACACUGCUGCUGGGGGAAGUUAACUGCUGAGACUUUCCUGUGUUGCCAUGAACUUCUGUCGGGCUUAAAGUUUCCAGAGUAGCUCAACUAAUGAGCAACAGCUCAGUCCAAGGCUUUUAAAGGAGAAGACGCAAUUCAGUGAGAGGAAAGAAAACUGUGACGCUGAAGGAUUUUGGGGGUUGCUGUUUUGGGUUGGCCACAUCCAAAGGCAGGGAGAUAGAAAGAUACACGGAGGCACAUCACAUUUUUUCUCCUUUCUUGGACCACCAUGGCUUCAGACAUACGUGACCUGAACACUCUGCUACCUGCGGUCCAGGCCAGCCCCAGCCCUGGCUGCCCAGCCUUACCCGUCUCUACGGCCCCUCAGUGGGCUCCUGUUCUGGACUUCCAUACUGCUGCGUCCCCUUAUUCCUCGCUAGCUGCACCCCACUCCUCUCUGGGACCACACUCUUUCAUUAAGCAGGAGCCCACCUGGGGAGCCACCAGUGACCCCCACCACCAUGACACUGACCCCCACUGUGGUCUCAGUGCCUUUACGGUCCACUUCUCGGGACAGUUCACAGGCACAGGGGCCUGUAGGUACGGGGCAGCCUUUGGGGCACCUCCACCUGCUCCAGCAGCCAGCCAGCCCCCGUCUGUGGCUGCCCCGCAUCACCACCAGCCGCCCAGCAGGAUGUUCAGCAACACUCCGUACCUGACCAACUGCAUGGAUACACAGCAGGCAGCCCGCAACCAGACAGGUUACAGCACGGUUGCAUUUGAUGGUACUGGUAAUUACAGUCACACUCCGACGCACCACAGCUCCCAGUUUUCCAACCACUCCUUCAAACAUGAAGAUGCACUAACUCAGCAGAAUACUAUAGGUGAGCAGCAGUAUGUGCCCCCGGUGCCUCCUCCGGUCUAUGGAUGCCACACGCCUUCAGACAGCUGUACAGGCAGCCAGGCCCUGCUGCUGAGAAACCCGUAUAACAGCGGAGAAAAUUUAUAUCAAAUGACCUCUCAGUUGGAGUGUGUGGCAUGGAACCCUGUCAAUACACUGGCAUCCACCAUAAAGAGCCACACAGCCGGCUACGACAGCGACCCCAGCGCGCCCAUGCUGUACAGCUGCAGCACGCAGUACCGCAUACACACACACGGAGUCUUCAGAGGCAUACAGGAUGUAAGGCGGGUUCCGGGCAUCGCUCCUGCCAUAGUGCGUUCCGAAGGCAGCGAGAAGCGUCCGUUCAUGUGCGCCUACCCUGGAUGCAACAAACGCUACUUCAAGCUGUCGCAUCUGCAGAUGCACGGUCGGAAACACACAGGAGAGAAACCUUACCAGUGCGACUUCGCCGACUGUGGCCGAGGUUUCUCUCGCUCUGACCAGCUCAAACGGCACCAGAGGAGACACACAGGAGUUAAACCCUUCGAAUGCGAGAGGUGUCAGAGAAAAUUCUCACGGUCUGAUCACCUUAAGACACACACCCGGACUCAUACAGGUAAAACAAGUGAGAAGCCCUUUAACUGCCGGUGGCCAAACUGCCAGAAGAAGUUUGCCAGAAGUGAUGAACUGGUGCGGCACCACAACAUGCACCAGAGGAACCUCACUAAGCUCCAGCUGGCCAUAUGAACCCAGUUCCAAACACAAACAUCUGGGUUGUGCUACAUCUGCUUCCAUUUUGAGACUCUGCCUAUAGGCCAUGCCUCUGCACCUGCUAAGCCAGCCUCUGCUCUGUCCACUGUCUGAAUACUACAUAUAUAUUACCUGCAGCAUUGCUGUAUUCAUCUGCGUUACAUUAUACAGGUGUCCCUAAUAAAGUGGCCGGUGAAUGUCUGUACAGAGCACCAACAUUUUUUUGCCUCCUCGAUUCCAUUGAUCAUAAAACUUUUCAGAAGUCCCAUGUUUUUCCCAUAAUAAAUACAUUUGUCAGAGCAUAAUAAGCUACUGCUGUCGCCUCAUCAUGCACUCGCCACUGCAUCCUUGGCUUUCCCGCUCUAAAUUGUGAAUUUAUUCCUAUUGAGCAUGUAAAUGAUACGAAUCAGAUCAUACUGUGUAAAUGUUAAUUAAACCAAUGCAAAUAGCUUUUUGCUGGGCUGUGUAACUGAUGAAGGAACAGCUGACUCAGCUAACUGAUGUCCAGGAGUAGGACUAACUGACUGCUAACACUGACAGGGUUGUUUACAGUACUUCUAGACAUUUGACCAUUUAGAGGAAAUCUCAUCCCUGCAGAAGUGUUCACGCUCUGAUAUUGAUCCUAAAGGAAUGAGAAGCUGUUGUACAGGCCACGUUAGAUUAAGAUUUCCCGGCCCAGUAUCAGUGUCAGAGUCUCAAGCCAGUAAAAUGCCUCUUUCCCCUUGUUCCCAGUUAAUGUGUGGUUUCCUACCACCGGCUUCUCCCUGUGUACAGACCGAUCAGACAUUAUUGUUAUUAUUUAUAUUAUUAUUAUUAUUGUUAUUGCUUUUCACUGGAAUGCUUUUGAGGGUGUCGCAGUCGUCUUCUCUGCCUGUACCUGCAGUAGAGUUGUCACAGUUGUUGUGCAAAAGAUAACGCUGACUUUCAUUUCAAAUUAAGUCAAAUGAAUUGUUCGCCUCCUAAGCAGCGUUUGACGUGUAACCCUGUGUUUUUCUCUACCGUUUUGUGGUUAAUUUAAAUGUUGGACGUUGGUCCCAGCAGUGCUCGGCGCUCCUGAAGCUGCAGCGUCUCUCGUCCCUGCGCUGUGUACAUUUCACUGGACCUCUGCAGUGAUUUAGACACUGCAAGCUCUAAGAUAUGUCUGCUGGGUCACACUGGCUCUGUGGCCCAGACUUUAUGGUCAAGAUGUAAAUAACACUUCUUCACCAUGGGAACAGAACUCUUUCCAUGAGGGAACACAUGUAACUUAACUGAUAAAUUCCUUUCUCUUUUGACUGAUCCAGGAACUGUUUAUACUUUUUUUUCCUUUUUUGAUGUGUAUUAAUGUUGAGUCAUAAACAACAAAUGUGAGUGAAACAUUUUGUACUUCACAGUGUGAGAUCAUUGAAAAUGAUCAUUUCUCUCUGUGUAAAUGUACUGUAAGUGUUUUGAUACACAAGUGGUUUGUCCCUGUUGUCUUUAUUUAUUCAGUUUUGAUUUUUAAUAUUAAGUAAUUAGUAUCUAUACUUUUGAUAUUUGGACUUGUUACAGUACACAGACUAUUAUUCCAUCAUCACAAGGAUGUUACUCUAGUUAAAUGUGAAAUAUGCAGCAUGACUUUGUAAGUUAAAAUAACUGCAUUCAACGAAUGUGAAAAUACUAACUUAUCAGCUUGUCAGAUGACCUUGACCACUGUUUCCUCUCAUAACUCCCUAAAGAGAGAGCGAGAGGGGGGGUCGGUGCAGUAUAUCCUGCCUAGCUUGGAACAAAAACAACAAUUAUUAAUUUCAAAAACUGAAAUCCAUAAUUGGUUUUGUAGCUGGAACUGUUUAGAACCUUUAGAUCAGGCUGUGUUUACGCAGCAGUUGCACAAUCACGACACACGCAAACUGUACAACACCAUCAACUUUGCUCCCUUUAUCUCUCACCAGAUUCCUUGUUGCAUUCCUUGGCUCGCCCCUCAGUCAAAUAAAAGGGGGGAGCGGUG